AUGACUGGCUGGGAAGGCGCCUUCCCCAGCCCCUCCUCCACAGAGCCUCCCGUCUCCUGCCUCAAGAGCUGCAAAGCAGCCAAUUCAACACAAACGACGAAAACGCACAAAAUUACUCCGACUUUUUCGCUCAAGACCACAGUUACUGGUAUUUCGCGAUUUUGCGACCAUAGCGAUAACCAGAAUACAUAUCUGUUGCGCCUACUAUCGCCAAAUUCACCCAAGACAUCCCUCCCGCUGACGUCACUCACCGACCUCUUCUCACUCACCUUGACCCAACCACACCACACCUAUCUUCUCAGCUUUCUCACGACUCUCUCAUCACCCCAAAUAAAAACAGCAACCAUGCCACCCCGCCGCUCCACCCGAGCGACAACCAAGGCCGCCAGCCAAUCCAAGCUGAACUUCUCCAACAAAAUCACCAAACCGCUCCCCUCCCGCUCCAAUCAAAAAGACAAGGCUGUCAAGCUUGAGGAAGCCAUCACAAGAACAGCCACCCCCUCCCCUCCCCCCUCCUCCGAGCCAGCUCCUGAACAAGAACUUUCGCCGGCAGAGGUCAACGCGGCAAAGGUUUCGCAGGCGGCGAUUAAUCGUUACUGGAAGGGGAUUGAAGACUCGAGGCUGGCGAAGGAAGUUCACAAGAAGCAUGGGACUGGGUUGGGGACGGGGGAGAAGGUUUUGAGGUAUUUUGACGUUAGCAGUCAGUUUGGGCCAUGUGUGGGGAUUACACGACUCGAGAGGUGGCAGAGGGCGGAGAGGCUGGGGCUCAACCCGCCGAUUGAGGUGCUGGCGGUGAUUGUCAAGGAGGGGAGGGGGGAGGAGAAGGCGCAUUUGGAUCAGUUGUUGAGUAGUACUGCGAUUGGGGAGAGGGAGUAAAUUUCAACAGGAGGGGGGGAAUAUGCGAAAUGACAUGGAGUUUUGGAGUUGGGGAACUGCUUUCGGGGGAAGGGGAUCACAACAGGGAAACAAGGGCAGGAUUUGGAAGGGAGAUGUUAUCAGGGGAGGAGAAUUUGUGCCAACAUAAUCGAGUUGCUACGCAUCCUUGCUGGAUAUGCACCUUGCUGAUUACAUGUACUUUUUACAUAGCUUGACAUCACAGAUACAGGUCAUCGCAAACAGAACGAGCAACAUAAUUUCGCUCUAUUCUAUAUUCUAUCAA